AUGGCCUCGCUGCCUGCGGCCCAUCUGUACCCUCAUCCGAGGGCAGGGCCGAGCCGUCCUGGAAGAGGCGAGAGAUGGUGUGUGCUCCCUCGGGGGAGCAUUUCUCCAUCGGUGCCCGGCCCGAGCGUUUCCCCGAGCUCGUGCCAGUCCCACCCGCAUUCUUGCCGCCUGCAGCACUGGACCCUGCUGAGCAUCUCUGUGCUGAACUGCCUCCUGUCCACGGCGUGCAGCGCGGGGCUGGCGCUGGCCGUGGCGCUCACGGUGCACAGCCGGGGCACGCACCUGGUCCGGGGCUGCAACAGCUCCGCUCUGCCUCUGGAUGCCCGGGCAGCCAUUGCGACUAACGACUGUCCCUUCAACACCACGCGCAUCUACGACACAGCCCUGGCACUCUGGUUUCCCUCCUUGCUGCUGGCAGCUGCAGAAGCCGUGCUCUCAGGCAGGUGCUGUUUAGUGGCUCUCGUCUUCCAGGGCAUCGGGCCCUGUGCACACAGCUACGGCAAAGAGCAGAUGGCCAGGCCAAGUACAGCAAUGGAGAAGCCACUCCGUGAGAGGCAGCAGCUCCUGGCAGGACUUGCUGAGUCUCCUGUGUAGCUGGAGAGGUGGUGCUGCAGGAGUGCUGUGAUCCAGCAAGGUCAGGGAAAAGGCGAUGUCAUGCCUUCUGCAGUGUUGGUGUGCAUAAAGUGGGCUGCAGGGGUGAGGGCUGUGCCUUCCUCCUUCCCCCCAGCUCCACCACCCCACCUGGGACAGACCCUGCAGGUCAGCAGGUGCCGUGGGCCCCAGAUGCUCUCCCAUCCUCUCCCCAGGCUGCCAGGCCCUUCCCAGGCUCCACUGGUUCCUGGCAGCAGUGAUGGGGUGGGCAGAGGUGCUGGGACCCCAGUCCUGGUGCCAUUACAGGCAUGGCAGCUGGCUGUGCCUGUGCUCAGACAUCUCAGGGAACAGAAGGGGAAGAAUCCCUGUUGUGUGGAUCUCUAAUUUUCUUCAAUAAAUAAACUUUUCUUUUCCACACUGGC